CUGUGUCUAAAGUUCUCUGGAUCUAAGAUCCUCUAAGGUUCCAAACUGCUAAAAUUCAUCCAAGUCGAGGUGUCUAAGGCUCCACUGUAUGUGGGUUGUGGUACAGGGAGUGUCUGGGAGUGAAGGGAAUUGUGAGGAGGAGAGGAAUGCUGUCUGCUCCCCCCCCCACGUGCCACUUCCCUGAACUUUUACUCUGGGGAUCAUAUCAUGCCACUUCUGCUCUCGCAGGCUCAGACCCGAGCUGCUCUGCUUCAGACCCUGCAGGUUGCAGCUGAGGACCAGCCCAGCACUGCUCAAGAUGUCUGUGAGCUGCUGGAAGAUCACACUGAUCAGGCCCCUCGCAUCAGCCAGGAAUUUGGGGCGCAGAUGGCACACUGCUGCCUGGGAGUUCUGGCUGAAUUCCUGCAGAGCUUCCAGCAGUGGGUAGAGAGCUUCCAUGAGAACCCAAGCGUCCAAGAGCUGCUGAGUGACAGUUAUAUCAGCCGGACAAUUACCUUGGUGAGCAGUGGCCCCCCUCUUCGAUAAGGCAAGCCCUAGAGAGGAUGAGGAGAAGGGCCCCAGCAUGACCUAA